GGGCCCGACGGCGGGCGGAGCGGGCGAUCAGCUGUUGCGGGCGCCGCACAACAACAAAAGGACCUGGACGGGCCGGCCAGCGCGCAACACCGGGAGGGCUGGAGCCGGCUCCGCGCCCGCCGUCCGGGGACCCGAGCGAGGCGCGGCCCAGGCCGGCCGCCGCUACCUCAGCAGCCCGCGCCGGCCCGCGCCUUCCCCCGCCGAGCCGGGCGGCCGCUUCCUUCGCGCAUCCCCGCGGCGGCUCGGGCCCACGGAUAAUGACUCUUCUUGCUGUUCACCUAAGUUGAAUAAGCACCCUGUGCACUUUAAUCUCCUGUCAGUACCCUCGGGCCAACUGAAGACAAGAUUUUGAAAUCUCAGCUGUGAAGACACCCAACCAGAGUCUCAGUCUUGCCUUAACAAUGUUCCAGAGGCUGAAUAAAAUGUUUGUGGGUGAAGUCAAUACUUCUUCCAACCAACAACCAGAAUUUAGUGAGAAAGAAGAUGAUGAAUGGAUUCUUGUUGACUUCAUAGAUACUUGCACUGGCUUCUCAGCAGAAGAAGAGGAAGAUGAUGAUGAUGACAUCAGUGAAGAGUCACCUACUGACCACCCUUCAGUCUUUUCCUGUUUACCUGCAUCUCUUGAAUGCUUGGCUGAUACAAGUGAUUCCUGCUUCCUCCAGUUCGAGUCCUGUCCAAUGGAGGAGAGCUGGUUUAUCACCCCUCCCCCGUGUUUUACUGCAGGUGGAUUAACCACUAUCAAGGUCGAAACAAGUCCUAUGGAAAACCUUCUCAUCGAACAUCCCAGCAUGUCUGUCUAUGCUGUGCAUAACUCCUGCCCUGGUCUCAGUGAGGCCAACUGUGGGCCUGAUGAACUUCACAGCCCAAGUAGUCCCAGAGUGGAAGCUCAAAAUGAAAUGGGGCAGCACAUUCAUUGCUAUGUUGCAGCUCUUACUGCUCACACAACUUUUCUGGAACAACCCAAGAGCUUUCGGCCUUCCCAGUGGAUAAAAGAACAUAGUGAAAGACAGUCUCUUAACAGAAAUAGCCUUCGUCGCCAAAAUCUUACCAGGGAUUGCCACUCUCGGCAAGUCAAGCACAAUGGCUGGGUUGUUCAUCAGCCCUGCCCGCGUCAGUACAAUUACUAAGAAUUUCAAGUUUUGUUGGUUGUUUUCUCUUGGUUUGUGCAUAAGUGUGUGGAUGUGUGUAUAUGUACAAUGAAAAUGUUGUCUCUUUACAGCCAACUGAUGACCAAUCACAUAGUUUUAUUCAGUGUGUUUAGACACUAUCUUGAAAACUAGAUUUAUAUGCUGUGUAUCACAUAAUGCCUUGCUCUUAACAUUUACUUUUUUGUAAAUUUUUUCAGACUAUUUUUGGAAACAUAUCAAUACAAUUACAGUGUUUGGUGUUUGGGGAUGUCUUUAAAUCUAUUAAAGUGUACAUGAGUUAGCAUUUUAAAGACAUUUCUUCCCAAGUACAAGAAGAGGCAUCUUUCAAUUUCAUUUUGUUUUGUAUUACUUAAUCUUUUGAGUAAGCAAAAAUUUAUUCUCAGGGUCAGCCAUACACUUUAUUGACCAGUACUUGAUAAUCUUUUCUGUAUAUAAUGAAUACAUUUUUACACACUAACACGAGCAUUAACAGGUGAUAGUUGCCAUGGAUAUAAUGGAAUUAUGGCUGGACUUUCUUUUGAAAGAAAACUUGAUAUAUUUCUGUGUGUAUGGGUUGUUUUUUUUUUCAGAUUAGUCAUGCAGUUUAUUUUGGAAUUCAGGUACAUUAAGCUUUAGUGAACAGUGCAUUCACAAAUUCCAAUGUGACUAUGUGACGUGGUACAGACAUUACAGGUGUCAUGGACAAGAGCACUUGUCUCACGUGCAGAGGGAUUAAAUUAGACCUGUGAAAUUAUAUCUGGAAAAAUUUAUGUCUAUAGCUAACCCAUUAGUCCAGUAUUUAAGUUGUUUCGAUUUCUUCCUGCCAGCUCUGCCCACUCCCCACCUCACAUCAGCUGUAAAUUCAGAAGUACUUGUCCAGGCACUUGCAUGAUUCAUGUUCAUAUUUGCCCAUGGGAAAAGAGGCUUUAUAUUUCCAGAUACAGUGAAAAAUCCUCUGCCAUGGAGCCUGUCCUGCCAAGUGGCAAGCAAGGGUGAGGGGGAAUUUCUGGUCAUGCCUUUUGUAGCAUCUAAGUGGAGAGUAACAGGUUGGCUUCCUUGACUUUUCAUUUUUUUGUUUUAACUUCAGGCAAAUCUUUAACCACUCUGGCCUCUGUUUCUUCCACCAACAGGGGAGUAGUGAUACUUACCUCCCUCACAGAGCUGUGAGGAUUGUAUGCUGAUUUGAAGUGGGGCUGUCCAGAACUGAACCUUGUAGGAAAUUCCAAGGGCCUUUCUGCUGAAUCUGGCGAUGGAGUGAGGCUGAGGCAAUUUCUCUGCCACAGCUGUUCUUCAGUGUUGGUGCUAAAGAGGCCAGGGUGCAGGGUUCGAUUCACAUGUAGGCCAGUUGACUCAGCACAGAGAAACUCUCUUCCUUACCUCUAGACAGUCACUUCCUCUUUUAGCAGUUGUGAUGGGUUUUGCUGAGCCAUCUACAAUCUCACCAAUUUCCUUUGAAAUUAAGUAAAUACAUUUACAAUCCAAAGCACUUUCUACUAACAGAGCAGUAGCAUCACCUUCAUAAUCAAACAGCUUAUUUUUCCAUCUUCUCUACAACUAAUUAAAUGAAUACACAUACACACAUCUGUAAAAUAUUUUCAAGGAAAAAAGCAGCAUAUAGCUAUGUAAAGUAUUAUAUUUUUCAAUAACCCUGCAGCAGCUUGAUGCAGGGAACCCUGGAAGACUUUAAGGGAAGAGCUGUGCUCUUUUCCAACCAGACUGGAGCACUGGUAGUUGGAAGAGGUCAGACGUGUAGCUGGGUGGUGGUUUUGGGUCGUUCUUCCACUGGCUGCAAUGAGUGCCAGGAUGUCUCCUUAGAACAAGUCUCGACCCCCCUUUUCUCCUGAUUGCCCCUUCUGUUUUGACUUUCCCUUUAUUUAUUUGUUUUCUAAUUAGGGGCCAAGUCCGUAAAGUUUUGUCAAACUGAGUUAGAAGUUAUUUUGUUACUACUUGUGUUUACCAGAGUUGGGAGAUAAGGUAGUUUUCAUGAAGGUGUGUAUGUUUUACAUCGUGUCUGUUAUAGGGUCAUAGGUUGGUAACUUGAAAAUAGACCAGCUAAAUGUCUUCAGGAUGUAAGCCUCCGAAUACAUGGGGUCUCUUUUUCAUAUAUUGCAUGCAAGUCGUUAGUACCUCACAAGCUACAAAAGUUCAGCCAUGAGAAUUUGUUUGGCAGCAUGAACAGAUUUGUACAUACAACUGCAAUGGUCUUUUUCUUUCAGAUUUCCUGAUACUUUAAAUACAUUCAUAUCUCUUAUCAGUUAUUGACUUUUUGUUUGCUUUAUCUGGACCUAGCUUUUUAUGCUCUGUACCUUGAAAACAAAAAUUUCAGUCACUAGGUUAGGAUUACACCACCACCUGUGACGUCAUACUGUGGUUUCUGUGUCAGUGUCUAAAGUAUUGGCACAUGUAAAAAUUGAAGAAAAUGGUUACAUAAUUCAGUUGAAGUUCUUGGUCAUUAGAUGUUAGGCAUCUACUGUGUGUAGGACACAAGGCCAAUAAUAACACAGAACGAUGUUGACCUGUUAAAUAUUCUCUGAAACAUGGCCAAAAUGCAUUUUAUUAUGAGCUUAUAUUAUUUUUUCUAUUGUAAAUAUUAGUGGUUUACAAUGUGCUUUAUUGAAUAUUUCUUAAAAAUUCAAGCAGUGAGAAGUAAGACUCCUGAGCUUAGUAACUCUGUUUCUAAACUGAUAACAGAAUGUUACUUGGUGAAAGUCUGGAAUACGUGCUGCACACAAGCAGUGCUUCGUGAAUGCAUUUCUUAACUUUUACAAUGCACCAUGUUUCUCAAAAUUUGUUUUUGUUAAUAAAACGUUUUAUAAUAUGUCCUAUGUUUAUUACUUUUUCUUCCUCAACUAAUUGAGUUAUGUACUGCACUGUAAGUUGAAGAUUAGAGCCAUCCAUUAUUUAUCUUCUGUGGCAAUGCAUUUACAUGGUUAGUUGUGUGGGGAAUUUUUUUGCAGAAGAUGCAAAGUGAUUGGAUUUUUGACUUCCUAUUGCAGAGACCAUUUUUUAAUAUUAAUUUCCUGAACAUUUUUCCAAUUCCCAUGCAGACUGUUCCUGUUUACAUAUCUUCUCUGUUGUGUUAGUACUUUGAUUCUAGUGAGAAGACAGUUUACUUAAAACUUGAGAGUGCUGUUCAGCAUAGCCUAUUGUUUUUGCUUCUCAAAUCUGUAUAGUACACUGGUUUGUAAUCCUCAUCUUUGUUGAAAUCUGAGUUUCUUUGCCAUUUCUCUUCCUCUUCAAUGAAAUACGUUGUAUUUAUAUAUUCUUAAGAAAAAAGAGCAAAGAAGAGUAUCUUUGUUUUCCUCAUUUGAGUUGGAAACAAAAAAAAUGAAGGACUCCAACUAGAAGAUAGACAUUUGCAUUUAAAUAGACUAGUGGGAAAAGUUUGAGUUUCCAAGUAUUAGUUUUUGUUUUUAGAAUCAGUUAAGAGACUGCUCCUUGUACUAGGAGAUACUAGUAUAUGUUUGUAAUGUUACCUUAAAAUUAUCUUUAUUUUAUAAGGCCUAUAAAUAUUGGUUAAACUCUUUUACAAGUUGGGCUUCUAUCAUGAUGGUUGCACUGCCAUCUGCCAUGCUGAUAUAUUAUAUAAAUGGCAUCCCUGUCUACUCACUGUAAUGCUUAAAAUUUUAUAUAAAAUGCUUUAUUUAGAAAAUUUACAUAAUACAAUGGUGUCAGCCUUGCCAUGUACCAAUUUCACUUGAAAUUUGACACCGACUAACGUUUAGGGUGGAGAAAGAGGUACUAGAAACGAAACAGAUGAGGAUAUCUUAUUUGCAACAGUAUCCUUUAUGUGGGAGGAAAAGUUACUAUUCAGAGGAAGGCAGCUUAAGUGGAUAAUGUUUUGUAUAUCAUUGAGAAUUUUCUUUGACAUUUUUAAAAAUUGUGUAAUUGUUAAAUGCCCAGUUUCGCUCUGUGUUUGCCUGAAGUUUUAGUAUUUGUUUUCUAGGUGGACUUUCAAAAACCAAACCAGUACUUGGGGAGGUUAGAUGUGUGUGUUUUCAGGCUUGGAGUGUAUGAGUGGUUUUGCUUGCUUUUUGGUUGCGUUUUCCUCCAGAGAUGUUGAACUUUAAUCAAUACUUGUGUGUGUUAUUAAAACAAAAAGUGGCUUUGUUUUUUUUCUCAAGUAAAAUUGUGAACACAUUCGCUUUUCAAUGGCAGGGCAUGAGUUAUGGAGACUGAAAAGUAUUGUAGAGUGUAUUAUGUGCCUUCUUAAUGUGUUUCUGGACACAAAAUUUUUUUUUUCAUCAACUUGAAAACUCAAAAGGGACAUUUGGUUAGGAUAUAUACUGUGUAUCAAUCUAUGCAUAAAUGGCAGCUUGUUUUCUUGAGCCACUGUCUAAAUUUUUUUCUGUUUUUAUAGAAAUUUUUUAUACUGGUUGGUUCAUAGAUGGUCAGUUUUGUACACAGAUUGAACAAUACAGCACUUUGCCAAAAAUAAGUGUAGCAUUGCUUAAACAUUGUGUGUUAACACCCAUUCUUUGUAAUUGGGUUCCGUGGUGCAUUUUGCACUACCUGGAGUUACGGUUUUUAAUCUGUCAGUAAAUAAAAUGUCCUUUAACUUCA